CUUCUCGCGUGACGCUCCAUGCCAGCACCUGUGCGCGGACCGACUUGCUGAAUGACAUUUGUAGAUGCAGUUUUUUGUUUUUUGACCUUUCGGCGACUCCCUACGUGGUUUUGAACUGCCAAAUGCGCAAAAUGGGCAGGACUCAAAAUUAACAUCUAGCAAGUGUUGAAAUUGGGCGUUUCCGCACGCAGACAAAAACAAAAAACAAAAGGACCGCAAACACCAAAAACUGGGAACCUAAAAAGAGUUGCCCGCCGGGGGAGGGGACGUCAUUUGUUCGACCCACGAUAGUUGGACGAAAGCAAGACUUGCACGCGACCAAGAGAGUUGGUGUUAAUUUGUCGGCAGUGUUAUUUUUUUUUAACUCAAUGGUAGUUCUUGGCUAAAUCUGCUAUAAAAUUGCUGUACUUGACCAUCCCCCAGCCCAUUUCCACAGCUCAGCUUGCUACCUCAUAAGUCCAAACAAUGAUCAAGACCACACUAGCAGCUUUUGUCGCCCUCGCUGCUUCUGCAGCCCUUGUCGAAGCGGGUACUGCACAGGAAUGGCGCACCCGCACAGUAUACCAGGUUAUGACUGAUCGCUUCGCUGUGGCAAACGGGGCACCCUAUCCUGGGCAAUGCGAUGGCCCGCAACGGCUCAACUAUUGUGGUGGGACAUGGAAUGGGAUUCGGGACAAGUUGCCGUACAUCAAAUCCAUGGGCUUUGAUGCUAUUUGGAUCAGUCCUACCGUUGAGAAUACCGCUGAUGGAUACCACGGAUACUGGGCUAAAAACUUUUACAAUGUCAAUGACAAGUUUGGUACCAAAGAGGACCUCAAGGGAUUGGUUAAAGCUGCUCACGAUCAAGGAAUUUGGGUGAUGGUUGAUGUUGUGGCUAAUCACUUGGGUCCCAAUGACGACGUGCAAACCUUCCCAGCGCCCUUCAAUAAAUGGCCUGACCACUUCCAUCCUUUCCAACCGAUUACGAACGAUGAUUACAACCGCAAUGACGACAAGGCCAUCGAAAACAAGUGCAUUUACGACGUCCGCCUGGACAAAAUGCUGCCCGAUCUCAAUACUGAAAACCCGUUUGUUAAAAACGAACUCAACAAGUGGGUCAACUGGCUUGUCAAGGAGUUCAACUUUGACGGAAUUCGAGUCGACACGGUCAAGCAUGUUCCUCGGAGCUUUUGGCCGGAUUUUGCCCGUAGUUCCGGGGUCUACGCUAUUGGCGAAGCUUUCCAGUUUGAUAAGACUUUGCUUGCAACUUACAAAGACACGAUGGACGGUAUCUUCAACUUUGGAUUCUAUGAUGUUUCAGCAAAAGUCUUUAUGAGCAAGCAAUCCAUGUGGAACAUUGAGACCUACCUCUCUGAUAUGCGCCGGCUGUUCGGCCAAGAUAAACUCAACCUCCUUGGUACCUUUGUGGAUAACCAUGACCUCAGCAGGUUCUUGUUCACGCAACCCGACCGUGCCCUUCUCCGCAAUGCCCUUGCCUUUGCCCUAUUCACAGAUGGAAUCCCAUUCGUGUAUCAAGGAACUGAGCAAGAGUACGCUGGAGGUGCAGAUCCCGAAAACAGAGAACCUCUCUGGUACGUCAACUACAAGAACACGACGACCACUCAGUUCUUUGCCGCUUUGAACAAGGUGCGCGCAACAGCCGGUGAUGCUUUCCACAAGUCGGUCCACACGAGCGUUUGGACAAAAGAUAACUUUCACGCGUUCCGUCGCGGACCGGUAUUGGUCGCUCUUACCAACGUGGGUAGCCAAGGACAAGUGACAGAGAAUAUUGCUUCUCCAUUCCCGGCUGGAACAGUUCUUGUCAAUGCUCUUGAUUCAAACGACCGUGUCACCGUCUCAGGAAGUACCAUCAGCAUCACGCUUCGCGGCGAACCCAAAGUGUAUGUGGCCCAAAAUUUCAACGGGGCCCGCCGUGUUGUGAAAAGGAACAAGACCUCAGUAUGAUAUAUAUAGAUAUGUAGAAGAUUUGUAGAGUAUGUGGGCAACUUUGGCGGGUCCGAAGUAGCCUCUGAUCAUAACGUUUGUUGAAUACACAAGUUGAUGCGCGAUGUGAUGAUUUUCUUGAGAACAAGCAGAUGAAUUCCA